AUGACCAUAGUCACUGCCCUCUACUACGCGGUGCAAAUGCUUUACGUUGUUGUCCUGAUUCUGGCGAAGCUGUCCAUCAUCGCCCUCUUCGCCCGCGUAUUCCCCGAUCGAAAAUUUCAAAUCAUCAACAAACUAGUAUUUGUUUUCCUUGUUGGCCAUGGACUGGUCUUUCUCUUUGUCAUCAUGUUUGAAUGCACACCCAUCGCUGGAAUUUGGGAUCGGACCCUCGAGCGAAAGUGCGUCAACGUCAACGCCGUUGCUAUGGCCAGCGCCAUUCUCAGCAUCGUUGAGGAUAUCGUCAUUUUUGCUAUGCCCAUCCAACAACUGAGCAGGCUCCAAUUGGGUUUCAAGAAGAAGAUUGCGGUUGGCUUCAUGCUGAGUCUAGGAUCAUUAGAACUGACAUCGCCAGGGGAUAACGUCGAUGUGGUGACAUGGAGCAUGGCCGAGAUCUCGUGCGCCUUAAUGUGCGGUAGUCUUCCUGCACUACGACCCCUUCUCAAGAAGAUUCCCGGGCUUCUCACGACCAUACGAGGCACGAGGCCGACGGUUGAAGUUAAGGAAACUUUGAACAGGGCAAACAGCCGGCUUUCAUUCGGAGACAAGAAGCCUGUUGUUCCAGCUCCCGUCAUCACGUCUGGACAUCGAUCCGUACCGUCCCCUGAGCCCUCUCCCUCAGAGGACUCAUUCAUGAUCAAGGUUCAUAUUUCGGAGCAUCUCGACCCGAGAAUGAAGCCACUGCCACCGGCGCCAUUGCAGCCGCUUAGUUACCAGCCCCCGUGGAGAGAUAGCGCCACAUUGCAGGCUCCUAGGACCCCGAUGACCCCGAUGAGCAUUAGGAGUUUCCGAAGAGAGGCAAAUGCAGAGUACGAGUUAGACUUGAGAGGUGUCGUUAAUACGAAGACCUGGAUGUAG